CGCUGGCGGAUGUAGAUAUAUGCGGUUGAACUUACCACUUACCAGGACUCCGAGUCAAAAUAUAACCAGUGCAGUUAGGCUUAGUCGCUUUUGUUUUGGAAAUUUAUGUACGGCUUCACUCAAGAAAUUUAUGCAUUUUCUGAUUGGUAAAUGGGGCUCUCUUAACCAAAUGGUGUGAGCAGUCCUACUCCGCCCUUGGAUCAUGAACAUUCAAGCCUCCCUGCUUUGAAUUGGCAAUCUUCACUGUGAUUUCACUGACUGUACCAUUCGCCAUGAAGUACAUAAAGAAUAACACGUUACGUGAAUAUGUUAAGGAGGAGUUGCGGGUUUCGUUAUUUCAAAUGGCACACAAGUUGGCCAUACAAACAGGCUGUGAAAUACUGGUCAAGCUGGAGGAUUGUGCAGACCACAGUGGCUGUCAGUACUAUGCCACAAGAACCCUUAACCUCCAGUAUAUGGACAAGGGGCUGUCCAAACAGCCAUGGGAAGUCAUGGUCUCAGGGAUUACGGGGUUGCCCGUGUCAAAUCACGGUGACCAGAGCGAGGAUCAGAACGGAAGCUUUGCAGAGACUGAAGAAUAUGAAUUGAGCACUGAUGGACACGACGCGGAAAUGGACACUUCCGCUGAACUCUCAUUCGCCAAUAACCUCCCGUCAGAAUCCCCAGCCAACAUGGCAGUUGUAAACCAGGACAGUGAGCAAGGUGGCCAAACUGUUGUGCAUGUGAUUAAAACCGAGCCAGGCAACUCCCAGUUGACCACCUCUGCAGAUGAAGAAUCAUGGACCAAGACCACUGUCACACUGCCUUUCCCUGUGUCUCUUGAGUCGGCCUUAAGCAGCCAACAUGGGGCUGGGGGCUUGGAUGCAAACAGUCAAGAUCAGUCCAUGGAUGCGGACCAGAUUCAGCAGCAGAUCUACAUAUAUGCAAACACUAAUACGGAGGAAAAGGGAGGGGACUUGGGUGGGACAGCAGUCGAGGAUGAAGGGGCAGACGACAACACUGAUCCGCAACGCCGCCGCACCCCUCCCUCACUGAACUACCAGUGUAGCUUGUGCAAAAAGCGGGUGAGCAGCGUGCCACUUCUAGUCCGUCACGCCAAGAUGUACCACCCAGGUGAUGAGAGCAUGCGCUACCACUGUGUCCCCUGCGACCGGGAGUACAAGCACGCCAGGCACUUGGAGCAGCACACGGAGCUGCACAGCAAGGCCAGCUAUCGAUGCUCCACCUGCUGCAAGGGCUUCUAUCGUAGCUCCACCCUGCGUGAGCACGAGCUAAGGGACCACCAGGGACGCUACCGGUACUACUGCCCCAAGUGUCACAAAGGGUUCAUGCGUCCUAGCACCAUGCAGACUCACUUGAGCCGCAGCCACCCAGCGUGGUUCAGCAAAUCCAAGGUCUCACCUAGAAUUGUCCCCAAAACAUCCAAAAUCCUAGACAGUCUUCCCCGGAUAAUUAUACCGGUCAAAGAUGGGGAGGAGCUAAGUUCAUUGUGUACAGUGACCGCCAGUGAGGCAGUGCCAUCAACAAGUGGAGAGCAAGGGCAAAUGACACAGGCUAGUGGCCAGAAUAGCGUUGGGGCAGUCGCACACUCCGAUUCUGAAACCGUACAGACAACAGUCAGCGAGAAUGUCCAGAACCAGACAGAAAAGAAGAUGAUGAAGGUGAUGUAUCAGUGUAAAGAGUGUGGCCGGAUGUACGACAAUGCCAAUUCCCUGGUGCGCCACAUCCACGACCGGCACGACAGUCGGACCAAGUUGCGGUGCAACCAGUGUAGCUACCGAACCAGUCGCACCUCAGACCUGGCUCGCCACAAGAGGGCUAAACAUCCAUUUGUGGUUGCCACUCAGUCAGCCAACAGUUUGGAGUAGGAUCUCUCUUUGGGAUCUCUCAAUAGGGCUCCCACCUUACUGGAUGUGAUGACAAGUUUCACAGUCCACUUGUUGACAGCAAGAGUUGAUGGAGUUGUGUAUGUGCAUCUCGCAAGAAGCUAAUUAAAGAAAUUCCUGUGUUUGAGCAGAAAGAAUUUGGAAGGGAAACGGCUUCCAUGGAAAAGAAAUUCAGCAAAGGAGGGCUUAAAUGUGCAUUUCACCCCCAGAUAUUUGUAACUCAGUAUUUUUAACCGAAUGCAAGCAUAAUGUGUCCACUUGAACUUGCUUGUGCAUCAUGUUGCAAAAUCACCAAGCUUUGAACUUAAUUGCUCAUUUUUUUCAUCUGGGCAUAACUUUUACUCCCACUGUAAUUUAGAAAUUUCAUAGUGUGGGUUUUUCUUAAAUAUUUCACCAGAGAAGUGCUUAAACAAAUAACCUUUCUCUCCAAACUUUUUCAAAGGAUUUUGGAAUGUCUUCUAAAGCUACAUGUACAUAUAAUCCCAGUUAGUAAAUUUCAACAUCUUCAAGUCUGCACACUCACCAGGAAUCUCCACAUUUACUAAGUUACCAGUGAUACGGAAAAAAAAACACGAGAAAGCUACCUCUGGUUUAAAAACUGCAGACAUAGCAUAUGCCAUAGUCACAUUGCGCAUUAUCCAUAUAGAGCCUCUUUUUGCCCAAACAUGUAUUUCUGAAAUCACGCGUGUACAUGUAAAAAGUAAUCUAGUGUUUAGCCUGGCUUAUUCUGUAGGGAAACAGUAUGAAAAAUUUGCAAGGUCGCCUGCCUGUCUUCUUUUGAUGGCCUAUGUGCUUCAGCUGGGGCUCUCCUCAUCCAUUGAUUGUUAUGAAUUAUCAGUUAAUAAUGGACAAUGGGAAAAUGCCUCUACACUCUCCAGCCAAUGCAAAUGGGAGUGCUUGCAUAACCAACAUUGAUAUCUGUGUGACGCUCACACCAGUUUUGGGUGACCUCAUGGUUUCCCCACAUGCCCACAGUAUCUCCUUCAUGGACAGGUCUUAACAAAGGCUCUUAGUGAGAGUGCAUUGUGAAGGGAUAUUUCAUGCACCAUCUGGUGUGUCUGGAUGCUAAGCAUGAGAGAUUACCUUCUAGGGCCCCUGCUGUUCGCACCAUCUAGUGACUUCAUUUAUGUGACAUGACUGUGCAGCAGAUCCACCGUAGUUGCCACCGGAAGUGGCUUCAGUUGUCAGUACGGAAUGUGAAAGGGGCAACUUUGUAUGGAAAGAAUUCUAUAUACGGGCGCUGCUUGACACCCUGUGCACAAACCCUACGAGACUGGUCUGAAAAAGUCUCUGUUUUUGAAGUGAAUACCUAAUUUUUUUCACUGCUAAAAUUAACUUUUUAGGACAUUUAUCAAUUGUCAUAUGGCUAGUACAUAUAGGUCACUGCAGGGAAAAAUUAGUGGUGUCUGUGUAUGGAAUAUUUUUCCCUUCAAACUUGAAAGGAUCAUGUUCCAAGUCUUUGAAAUGUUCACAACACCCCCUACUGUUCUGCAGUAUUUCAUCAGUAGGAAGAGCCCAUAACCCCCUCCCCCACAAAAAUAUGAUCAUUAGACGUACCCAGCAUAUCCAGUGUACUCACCGUCGGUGUGUUGACCUUUUGCACAAGUGGGAUUUCAUGAGAGUGGAUCGAACUUUCAAACCUUUCUCAAUAUGCUUAUCUUAAAAACACCAAUCCCUAGAAUCACAUGACCGUAUCCUUUUGUCACUCCGUGUUUCCAAAACUCACUUUGGUAUUGUGUCAUUCUGACAGAUAAUAAGAGAACUGCAUUCAUAAGUUGGCUGAACCUUGAAUGUGCUGAAUGGGUUCAUCCUUUCUGCAACUGAGCGUAAGUUUGAAAAUUCAUGGAAAAAAAUUGUUCUAAAAAUUGAUGAAGAAAAUAGUUUUGAGCCGAGUCAAAAUCCAGAUGUCGCAUUAACUUUAGCAUGUAUAUGUAUUUGUAGGUCAUUCUAUCUGUAAGAGUAUGCUAGUGUACAACUUAGAUAUGUUAUGUUGUUUCCUCGUAAGUUAGUAUUUAACAAUACUGUUGUCUAACAAGCGACAAUUUGGCAGAUCUCACUUGUAUUAAAAAUAGCAUGAGCUUUUGGCAAUAUUACUGAAAACUACCAAAGCAUCUGGAGAAAAUGGAGUAAGUUUUACUUAAAAUCAAAUCCUCCCAAACGGGAUUUGGUCUUGCAUCUUAGAUUUGAACCUUUGGGGUUUUUUGUUUGUUUUUUGACUAUCCUAAAAAUUAAAUAUAUCUAAUAAUGUAUUCAUUUAUUUCCGAUUACAUUUGUUAAGUCUUCAAUUUUUUGAUCACCCAGUUGUGGAACACUUUAAUUUGCUGCAGAAGAGACAGACUCCACUGCUAUUUAUUGAGAAGGCAUUUUUAUAAGUGUACAUGUACAUGUACAUGUACGGUUGCACGUAUGCUGAAUCAAAAAGGUCUUAAAUUUGUGAAGUUAGGAAUGAGCAUUCAUCUCUGAAACUGCUCCUUUAUCAAAUGUAAGUUGUUUUGCUGUGAAGGAUCACAAUAAGAACGAACUUACUGUAAUACGUAAGAAAGUAUGGAAGGGAAAAAAAUAAUCAUAAUUAAUGAUCGGCACGAUUUGAUUGAAUGUGACCAGACUUUUCAGGUUUAUCAGAUUGACGGUUGCAGUCAGAAAAAAAACCUGAUUUGUUAUUAGCCAGAUGGAUCUUUACAAAGUGACAUCGUUUGGGUUUGUCACCAAAUUUGGGCUAGAAACGUGAGCUUAAAGGGUACUUGCAUCUAGCCUGUUUUGCGUACUUGAUGAACUUAUUGGGAAUUGUAUGUGUUAACUUAAUGAAGUACACUUAUUGUAACUAAAAGAAUUGUUGAAAGAGCAGUUUUUUUUAUAAACAUUGUCAUUCUCUUCAUGCACCAAGAGUUUCAUUUGAGAAGGUGCCUCUGUAUUUAAUGAUUGGUGUAUUUUUUUUUUUAAGUUAGAGUCAAUUUUUGCUUUGUUUUUACAAUUGUAAGAAGGUAAUUUGUAAAGAGGUCAUUUAUGUACGUUUUGGAAGAAGGGGCAAUAAGUUGGUCUGUAUUGUGAAUAUGACAGGUUCAUUCAUAUUGAUUUUUUACAGUAGACAGUUUUAUGCUGCCUUGACAUAUUUUCAGUUCAUUGCUUGUCUACUUUAUCGAGUUUGUCUGGAAAAAAUAUAAGCCAAAGUCACACCGGGUUUUACCUAGAAAGGUGGUCAUAAUGGAAACUAGAUUCUGAUGUUCGUUCAGUUGGGAUAAAUCACUUGUGGUAUUGUUACGUUGAACAAAAGAUUUUGCAAGGUUUCAUUUUUGGGAUGGUCGUUUUCACGUUGACCUCAAACAAUGUCACUCACAAUUGGAAAAUAAAUGUGUUAUAAAUGUAUUAUUGUAACAUACAUGUAACAUCAAUGAUUAUAUCACACAACCUGUAAAACUUGUACACAUUAGCACUUCAGUAGGGUUUAAUUACUGUCCUUUGUAGAUGGUAGUUUUAUUAUUAAAAGAAGAGUAUUAGGGAAUGAAA